AUGGAUAAGAAACUGUGCAACACGUCUCAAGAUCCCGAAGUGAGAAAGGGGCCAUGGACAAUGGAAGAAGACUUGAUCUUGAUCAACUAUAUCGCGAAUCAUGGGGAAGGUGUUUGGAACUCUUUGGCCAAAGCUGCUGGUCUUAAACGUACUGGAAAGAGUUGCCGGCUCCGGUGGCUGAACUACCUCCGUCCUGAUGUUAGAAGAGGGAAUAUUACUGCCGAGGAACAACUUUUGAUCAUUGAACUUCAUGCAAAGUGGGGAAACAGGUGGUCCAAAAUUGCCAAGCAUCUACCCGGAAGAACUGAUAAUGAGAUUAAAAACUAUUGGAGAACAAGGAUCCAGAAGCAUAUCAAGCAAGCUGAGAACUUCCAACAGCAGAGUAAUUCUGAGACAAAUGAUCAUCAAGCAUGCACUAGCCAAGUGUCCACCAUGGCUGAGACCAUGGAGACCUACUCUCCACCCUGUUACCAAGGAAUGUUAGAGCCAUUUUCAACUCAGUUUCCCACAAUCCCUGAACAAUCCAAUUGUUGUGCCACUGACAACAACUAUUGGACCAUGGAGGAUAUCUGGUCAAUGCAAUUACUAAACGGGGAUUAA